GGUACCCGGGACCCUACAGAGUGGAGUGGGUGUCUCUGGCGUAGAGGAGCCACGCAGAUAGGCAGGACGUCCUGUGGGAAAGGAGGAGAGAAGAGAGGAAGAGGGGCUGGCUCAGGCUCGGGCCCCUGAUGGUGGCUAUUUUUGUCUCCCCUAGCUGAGUGAUUGGGGACAGCAGGUAAAGGAAAAGAUGCUUAUGGGUGCGGGACGAGACACGGCGCGGGAUGAGGCCCAGAAGCUUCACAGGAAGUGGCUGAAGCACCAGGCCUUCAUGGCCGAGCUGGCCCGCAACAAAGAAUGGCUGGCCAAGAUAGAGCAGGAGGGCCAGGAGCUGAUCGAUGAGAAGCCGGAGCUGCGUUCGGUGGUGCAGCAGAAGCUGGAGGAGAUCAGGGAGUGCUGGACGGACCUGGAGAGCACCACCAAGGCCAAGGCCCGGGCUCUGUUUGAGAACAACAAGCCAGAGCCGGUGGUGAAGAGCUACUCAGACCUGGACCACCAGCUCUCUGGCCUGGAGAAACAGCCCCCUCAGCUGGAGCAGGCUCAUCACCUACCCACCUUCAACGAGCAGCUGCAGAAAUUUCAGUCUCAGAUGGGAAACAUGUACAAGGACGUAGGGGAACUAGGGUCCCUCCAGGGGGUGUGCCUCCCCCAGCGAGGCAGCCUGGUGAAGGGUGGCGAGGGAGAAGGGGGCGAGCAGCCAGCCGUAGUGGAGACCCGCAUCGUGCGCCUCAUCGAGCCCCUGAAGGAGAGACGACGCAUCCUGCUGGCCUCCAAAGAGAUGCACCAGGUCGCUCAGGACCUGGAGGAAGAGAUACUGUGGAUCCAGGAGCGGCUUCCUCUGGCCUCCUCUAAGGAUUACGGCAACAACCUGCAGAGUGUUCAGCAGCAUGUCAAGAUCAACCAGACACUGCAGAGGGAUCUGCAGGGGCGCCAAGCACGGGUGGAGGAGGUGUUGGACCGGGCGGGGAUCAUCGCCUCUCUGCGGACCCCUGAGGUUGACUUUGUGCGUGAGGGGGCGGGGCAUGUGCGUCAGGUGUGGGAGGUGCUGAGGCUGGAGGCGGAGAGGAGGUCUGUGAUGCUGGAUGUGGUGCUGCUGGCCCAGCAGUACUACAGCGAGGCAGCCAAGGUGGAGUCCUGGCUGGCAGGCCAGAAACUGCACCUCAUCAAUGAGGAGAAGGGCACGGACGAGGAGAGCACCCUGCAGCUGCUGAAGGAGCACCUGGCCUUGGAGGCGACAGUGGAGAACUACGCUGAGACAGUGGGCAUGCUCUCCCAGCAGUGUCAGCAACAGCUGGAGCUGGGGCACCCAGAUAGUGAGGGGAUCACCAAGCAGCAGUCCCACAUAGACCGUCUGUAUGUGUCUCUGAAGGACAUGGUGGAGCACAGGAAGACCAAGCUGGAGCAGCAGUACUGGAUGUACCAGCUCAACAGAGAGGUGGAGGAGUUAGAGAAGUGGAUCACUGAGAGGGAGGCCGUUGCCAGCUCCACUGAGCUGGGUCAAGACCUGGAGCAUGUCACGUUGCUACAGGAAAAAUUCACCAAGUUCUGCUCAGAGACCAACAGCAUAGGCCAGCAGAGGAUGGAGCAGGUGAAUAAGAUGGUGAAUGAGAUGAUAGACUGUGGCCACACGGACGCGGCCACCAUAGCUGAGUGGAAGGACGGACUGAACGAGUCAUGGGCCGACCUACUGGAGCUCAUGGAGACCCGAAGACAGAUGCUGGCAGCAUCACACCAGCUGCACAAGUUCUUCACCGACUGCAAAGAGGUCUUGGCUCAGACUGCAGGGAAGAUGAGGCAGUUGCCAGAGGUGAGGGCGUGCCAAGCCAGCAUCGCCAACCCUGCCACCCUUCAGAGGCUCAUGCUCUCCUUCGAGCACGCCCUCCAGCUGCUCGUCUCACAGGUAAGGCAGCUACAGGAAAAUGCGGCCCAGCUGAGGACCAUCUAUGCCGGAGAGAAGGCUGAGGCCAUCAUGAGCAAAGAGCAGGAAGUGAUGUCAGCAUGGAAGGAGUUACUGGUUUCCUGUGAGGCCAGUCGUGUGCAGGUCACCUCGGUGACAGACAAGGUGCAGUUCUUCUCGGUGGUGCGUGAGCAGCUCAUGUGGAUGGAGGGCAUCAUGGGACAGAUUGGAGGGGACGACCCCAGGGACUCGUCUUCUGCAGAGGUGAUGAUGAAACAGCAUGGUGAGCUGAAAGCCAAGAUGGAUGGCCGUAGGAAGACAAUACAGCAAUGUGUGGAGCUGGGAAAGAUCCUGCUGGCCGCAGGCAACCCAGCCUCCGAGGAGAUAAAGGAGAAGUUGGAUGCGCUCCUGGCUAAGCAGAAGGAUCUCUCUGAGAGAUGGGACAAACAGCAGGAGAAGCUACAGCGCAAGAAGGAUCAGUUCCAGUAUGCCCAGGAGACGGUGAAGGCGGAGGCCUGGCUGAAGGCCAAGGAGCCCCUGAUUAGCUCCAGCUCCUCCUCUAGGGUGGCUGGGGGGGCUGGAGGAGACGCCCAGGUCCAGACUGAUGAGGUGGAGCAACUCAUCCUCCGCCACGAGGCCUUCCGCAAUGCUGCAGCCACCUGGAAGGAGCGCUUCAGCUCACUGAGACAGCUCUCCAAUGCAGAGAAGCUAAGAGAAGAACAGAGCAGCAAGCCUUCCCCAAUGCCACUCUCCAGUCGGAGGAUGUUCCCAUCAUCCUGUCUCACUCCGACCAUUCCUCUUGCUACCUCAACUCUGCUGAGACAGAUGGUCCAGGUGCAUAUUGAGCCCAGGCCCAAGCAGACCAGUCUGGAGAUGUCUGCCUCUGCCUCCUCUGCAGCCCAAAGGUUGGGUUCUACCAUAGCCAGCUACGCUCCUGUCAUAAAUGGCUCUGGUUACCAUGGACUGGACAAUCAGAGCAGCAGCGGGGGAUUGGAGAGUUCCAACUACCCUGGACUGAACCAUCCGGGCAGUGGAGGAGUGGACAGCAGCUCUAGUUACCUUGGAGGGAACCAUCAGACUGGCUCCCCGCCAGUGGAUAGUUCUGGCUACCUUGGACUGAACCAUCAAAACAGUGGGGGUAUGGUUAGUCCAGGCUACCUACCUCAAAACCAAAGUAGUGGGGGUAUGUGUGGUCCAGGCUACUUGCCGCAAAAUCUAUGUAGUGGGAGUAUGGGUAGUCCAGGCUACCUGCCAAAAAAUCAAAGUAUUGGGGGUUUGUGUAGUCCUAGCUACCUGCCGCAAAAUCAAAGUAGUGGGGGUAUGGGUAGUCCAGGCUACCUGCCUCAAAAUCAAAGUAGUGGGGGUAUGGGUAGUCCAGGCUACCUGCCUCAAAAUCAAAGUAGUGGGGGUAUGGGUAGUCCAGGCUACCUGCCGCAAAAUCAAAGUAGUGGGGGUAUGUGUAGUUCAGGCUACCUGCCGCAAAAUCAAAGUAGUGGGGGUGUUGGUAGUUCAGGCUACUUGCCGCAAAAUCAAAGUAGUGGUGGUAUGGGUAGUUCAGGCUACCUUGCACAAAAUCAAAACAGUGUUGGGAUUGGUAGCUCAGGCUACCUUGGGAAAAAUCAAAGUAGUGGGGGUAUGGGAAGUACUGGCUACCUUGCACAACACCAAGGUAGUGGGAGUAUGGGUAGUUCAGGCUACCUUGCGCAAAGUGUUGGGGGUAUGGGUAGUUCUAGCUAUCUGCCUCAAAGUGGUGGGGUCAUGGACCCCAAAAUGGCAUAUGCGUGGCAGCAUCUGAAAGCUGACUGCAUGCAGCCCAGGAUCAACCACAUGCACAAAGCUGUCAACCCCCUCCUGGAGGCCAGCAGGGCGCAGAGGGAACAGUUUGGGGACAUCCCCAUGGUGGACAUGAUCGGGCCAGAGUCUGGCCUGGAUCUCCUCCACGGCAGGCUCCAGAGGGACCCUCGCGGCAGCCGCUCCGACCCCCAGAUGGACCACCUGCGGCGGGAGAGGGAGUACAAGCUGGGUCGGCAGACCUCCAGCGAACAGGAGAUUCAGGCGCGGCUCAACGAGCUGCCAAUGAUUGUGCGCCAGGAGCGCUAUAGGCGACGCCUGGAGAGGCAGUCGUCCAGCGAGCAGGAGGGCAGUGGGAAGGCGAGGACACCGAGGCAGGACGACUCCAGCGACAUGGAGUCAGCCAAGGAAGGCUCCGACAAGCGCUCAAUAGAGAAGAGAGCCACCACCAUGGCUGAGAUUGUGGAGCAGGCCCAGGAGAGAGAGGCAGCACAAGCUCGAGGGGAGAUGUACCGCCCCACCAGCAGCCUCUCAGCACCCGUGACCUACGAGCGCCCGCGAGCCAGAGACCGCCCCAAACCCCGCAGGAGACCCCGCCCCAAAGAGCCUGAGGAGAAGCGACGCUCUCGCUCGGCUCCGGCCCAGAGCCCGGCACAACUUCUGCCACCCUCACACACUGCCCAUAAUGAAGGCUUCCUGUACCGCAAACACGACUUUGAGGGGCACCAGAAGAGUCCCAGCAGUAAGUCGUGGGUGAAUUUGUAUUGCGUGUUGACAAAGGGAGGGAUCACUUUCUACAAGGACGCCAAGAGCACCACCACACCGUACAAUGAAGAAACCCCACUCGACCUGAGCGUCUGUAUAUGUGAUAGCACCAUAGGAUACAAGAAGAAGAAAAAUGUCUUCGUUAUCAAGAAAAAUGAUGGCAAUGACUAUAUUUUCCAUGCAAAGGAUGAGGAGGACCUGAAGGCUUGGGUCACUAACAUCAUCACCAGUAUAACUGAACAUGAGGAGAUCGCCAAGUGGGACAAGCCCACCACCUCGUCCACAGAUCCCGACCGCUCGGAGAGGAAGGAGAAGUCAGAGGGCGACGCAGACGCCAGGUCAGAGAGGUCUGAGAUGGGAGGAGAGGUGGAGGAGGAGGAGAGGUCAGAGAAAGAGAGGUCUGAGAAGGGAGAGGGGUCCAAGAAGACGGGAGAAGGCUCAGAGAAAGCAGACACGUCGGAGAGGGGUGAGAGGGCAGAGGGGGGGGCAGAGGGCUCCAGCACAUCAGGGAAGAGCAAAUGAUCCCCGCUGAGUGGAGGAGUGGACUGGCAUCCAACCAUCUAAAGCCC